AUGGCAUCGCUAGCAGGAGUACCCGAUCGCUGGAAGGUCUUGUAUAUGAGCUAUCAUCAGGAUAGCUGCGGAGAAUACCUGAUAUGUUACCUGCUCAGCUUCACGAAGUUGGCUGCGGACAACCUUCAGUUCCUGCCCCAGAAGCUUGACCAUCUCAGUUGCGAGCUCUGGGUCCAUGACAUUAUCCAUACUGACGACAGGAGUGUUCAACGGUUCAACGAUGAUGAUAAAGCGCGCGAGACAACUUCUUCGACAUCAACACCGCGCAAAAGAUCAAAAUGGGACGAGGAAGAUCCCGAUGACAUUGCAAUUCGCCAACACCAACAGUCCUCGAAACGUUCCGUAAGGCCUAGGUCUCGCGGCGCGCCCCCACCCAGUCCCGUCCGUUCAGACUCGCAUCCUGCUACCAGUCGUCCUUCCCGUCCACUACAUAGUAUCUAUGUCCCUCCUCGAACUCACCAUCCAUCAAUCCAACCGUCGCGUUCGGUGUACUGUUACGAAAGACUCAAUCAGAUCGAAGAAGGGUCCUAUGGUGUUGUCUUCCGGGCGAGAGAUAAAGAAACAGGCGACAUCGUCGCUUUGAAGAAGUUAAAGCUUGAUGAGGAAAAACACGGUUUUCCUAUUACUGCCCUACGUGAAAUCAACGCUCUCAUAGAGGUUGUGGUCGGAGAUACCUUGACUCAAGUAUUUGUAGUGAUGGACUUCAUCGAGCAUGAUUUAAAAACUCUUUUGACACUCAUGCCCUCGCCCUUCCUCCAAUCCGAAAUCAAGACACUCAUGCUUCAAUUGCUGUCCGCGGUCGCACACUGUCAUUCUAACUGGAUACUUCAUCGCGAUCUGAAGACCAGCAAUUUGCUCAUGAACAACCGUGGGACUAUCAAAGUUGCUGAUUUUGGCCUUGCGAGGCGGUAUGGAGACCCUGUAGGCGUUGGUGGUCUGACCCAGCUUGUUGUGACCCUGUGGUAUCGGGCUCCUGAAAUUCUGAUGGGAGCUACAACAUAUUCGACUGCUAUCGACAUGUGGUCCGUUGGGUGCAUUUUCGCUGAACUCCUCAUGAAGGAACCACUAUUUCAGGCGAAAAACGAAAUAGAACUUCUUUCCAUGAUCUUCAAGCUUCUUGGACCUCCUACUAGUUCAUCUUGGCCUGACUACUCUACUCUUCCUUUGGCGAAAACUAUCACUCUUCCCUCACCUCAGCCACAUCAAUUCCGUCAGCGUUUCCAUCAUAUGACAACCGCUGGGAUCGACCUCCUUAUAUCACUACUGACCUACGAUCCCGAGCAACGCAUCAGUGCUGAAGAAGCUUUACAACAUCCAUAUUUCAGCGAAUCUCCACUUCCAAAACACCCAGAUUUAUUUGGUUCAUUCCCAUCCGCUGCUGCAGGCGAGAGACGACGAAAGCCUUUCGACAGUCCAUCAGCGCCCGCGCGAGCAGCAGACUACAAACUUCUUACUGAAGUUGAUCUUCCGUAG